AUGACUAGGCUCCUGGUCCAAGCAUUCGUGCUGGGUGGGGUGGGGUGGUUGCUCUGGAAGCUGUUGCGACCCUACGUCGUGCGGAGCACCUUGGAUAACUUACCUGGGCCAUCGAGCCAGUCUUUCUUUUACGGGAACCUUAAGCAGAUUUACAACAAGCAGGACUGGGACUUCCACCGCAGCCUGGGAGAUCUGUACGGUCCAGUCUCGAAGCUUCAUGGAAAACUUGGACAAAAGAUCCUAUAUGUGUUCGACUCCGUGGCGAUGCAUCACAUCGCGGUGAAAGAGCAAUACAUAUACGACGAGGCUGACUGGUUCCUCAGAAUGAACAAUUAUACACUUGGGCCCGGACUGGUCGCCACGACCGGCGAACAACACCGCCGCCAACGCAAGAUGCUCAACCCGGCGUUCAACAUCAACCACAUGCGCGAUAUGGCGCCCAUCUUCUACGAAGUCGCUCACAGAUUGCGACAGGCUCUGAAGAUUCAAAUUGGCGAGCGUCCUGGAGAGAUCGAUCUUUCCCAGUGGAUGGGCCGAACAGCCAUUGAGCUCAUCGGGCAGGCAGGCCUUGGACACUCAUUCGAUCCUCUUGUCGAGGAACGGUCGGACACCCUCGGAGAGGCACUAAAAUCCUUCGUGCCGUCUCUCUACGCCUUCUCGGACUACUUGCAGUUCUUAUCCAUCAUCGACGCUGUCGUGCCCCGGCUGGUGCGGAAUGUUGGCGCCGCAUGGCUCCCGCACAAACCUUUUCAGACGCUUCGCGGCCUAGUAAUGACGAUGCACAAGGAGGCGAUCGCGAUCUAUAACGACAAGAAGGCUGUUUUGCAGUCCGGGGACGAGGCGUUCAAGAGCCAAGUCGCGCAAGGAAAGGAUCUGAUGAGCCUCAUGCUCAAAGCGAAUAUGUCAGCAAACGAACACGAUCGUCUGUCCGAGGAAGAACUCAUCGCCCAAAUUGCCACCUUCACGAUUGCAGCGGUCGAUACGACGUCGAGCGCGCUGUCUUUGAUCCUCCACCUCCUUUCACAGCAUCCGGAUGUCCAAGAUAAAGUACGCGAGGAGAUCGUUUCAGCCAGCGACGGCAAGGACAUCGGCUAUGACGACCUCGUCUCCCUUCCCUACCUCGACGCGGUUUGCCGGGAGACCCUCCGGGUUUACCCUAUGGCACCGUUCCGCUUCCGAGAGACUCGCGAGGACAUCGUGCUGCCACUCUCCGAGCCAGUCCGUGGGCGGGAUGGAUCCAUGAUCUCCCAGAUCCCUCUCCCGAAGAACACGACUGUUUUCGUUGGCGUGAUAUCUGCGAAUACGAACAAGGCGAUCUGGGGGCCCGACGGACACGAGUGGAAGCCGGAACGUUGGCUGUCGCGCCUUCCGGAGACCGUAACGGAGUCAAAGAUUCCUGGGGUAUAUUCGAACUUAAUGACGUUUUGGGGCGGUGGUCGUGCGUGCAUCGGCUUCAAGUUCUCCCAGCUCGAAAUGAAGGUCGUCCUCGCUACUCUGCUUUCUACAUUCAAGUUCGAGUUGUCAGACAAACCCAUCCACUGGAAUCUUGCCGGAAUUAUCUACCCGACCGCGGAGUUGGGGGGAAAGACGUCGAUGCCUUUGCGAGUAACUCUCCUCAAGCCAGAGUCCGAGUAA